GCAGCUAGUUCUAGCAAUUAAAAGAAUCCAAAGAAACUCAACGGCCAGGCAAACAGAAAGGCCAAGACAAACGGAACUAAUGCCUGCCAGAAAGAGGAAUCUCAGAAAUUAAGAAGACGACUGCUGUCGUGGAUACGAGUGCAACUUCCGGUGCAUAAAUGAAAAUAAAUACGACUAGCAAAGGCAAACAAACACAGAGACACAGCCAUAGCCACAGCCCAGGAUAAGGCCAAGAGGAGCACUGUCAGCAGCAGAAAUGGCUCUAGAAAUGGCAAUUCGAAUGGGUAUGGGCGUGGACUUGGGUAUGGGAAUGGGUAUGGCAAUGAAAAUGAGAAUGAAAAUGAAAAUGGGAGCCAGGAGCCAGUUGGAGCGACAAAUGUUGGACAAACGGAUGUGCAGAUUAGACCAGCAACAACAGGAGCAAAAGACUUGGCCAUCAGACGACUAAACAAUAGUUCCCAGCAAACAAACAACAAACAAAACCGAACAAUAUGUGCACAACAACAACAUCAGCAUCAACAACAGUUGUAUCCGGCUCCGGCGAUGCAUCAACUGACCCCAUCGACCAGUGGAUGGAGAGGGUCGAAGGGGGCGAUAGCCAAAGGAGCAGCUGGCCACAAUCCUGGCACCGAGGACAACGCUUAAACUUGCGCAUAUUUAAACUUUUGAUUAGCUCCUGCGUUUUAAUGCUCUGCAUUUACACAAAUGCCUGGCACUUGUCCAUCAGACCAGGGCAGGGUUCCGGAUCCGGAUCCGGAUGGGUGAUGGCCAGCAGCAUUAAGGGGCGUGGCGAUGCCUAUCGCCUGGACGAGAUAGACUCCCUGUCGCACACCUCAUCGUCCUCCAGGCUCUCACAGAACAACAACCACGCAAAUAUAUCCGAAUUGCUGGAUAAUUUGUUGCGUGGUUAUGAUAAUAGCGUACGGCCAGGAUUCGGUGGACCACCCGCCACAGUGGAAGUCGAUAUAAUGGUUCGUAGCAUGGGACCAAUAUCCGAAAUGGAUAUGACCUACUCGAUGGACUGUUACUUUCGACAAUCCUGGGUGGAUAAACGUCUCGCGUUCGAGGGCGCCCAGGAUACGCUGGCACUGAGCAUCUCGAUGCUGGGAAGGAUAUGGAAGCCGGAUACGUACUUUUACAAUGGCAAGCAGAGCUAUUUACACACGAUUACCACGCCAAAUAAGUUUGUGCGGAUCUAUCAGAAUGGACGGGUGCUCUACUCCAGCCGUCUGACAAUAAAAGCCGGUUGCCCAAUGAAUCUGGCCGAUUUUCCCAUGGACAUACAAAAGUGUCCCCUGAAAUUUGGUUCAUUUGGAUACACCACGUCGGAUGUCAUCUAUCGCUGGAACAAAGAACGACCCGCCGUGGCCAUUGCCGAGGACAUGAAGCUCUCCCAAUUCGAUUUGGUCGAUUGUCCUGCCGGCAAUUUGACGGACAUUGUGUACAAGGCGUCCUCCAUGAUGCCGGACGACCCAGAUCACCCCAACGACCAAAGACCGCGUCCCACCAGUAAAGUUGUGACCACAUUCGCCGGACCCGCUGCCAAGAAUCAGCAUAUUCGCGGCACUGGAAUCAAGCUGGACAAAGGAGCCUUUGGCACUGGACGUGAUGCCGCAGGUGGUGCCGUGCCCGGUAACAAUAUUGGGGGCACCAUCACCCUGGAGACCAAUCAUCCUUUGGAGUACUCCAUGUUGCUGGUAAACUUUCACCUUCAGCGUCACAUGGGAAACUUCCUCAUCCAGGUGUAUGGACCCUGUUGCCUCCUGGUGGUUCUUAGCUGGGUGUCUUUUUGGCUAAAUCGUGAGGCCACCUCUGACCGGGUUUCCCUGGGCAUUACCACGGUGCUGACCAUGACCUUCCUGGGCCUGGAGGCACGCACCGACCUGCCAAAGGUGUCCUAUCCCACGGCUCUGGACUUCUUUGUGUUCCUCUCGUUUGCCUUCAUCUUCGCCACGAUCCUCCAGUUCGCCGUGGUGCACUAUUUCACCAAAUACGGGUCCGGGGAGGCCUACUUUCUGGAAAACCUGGAACCGGAACCGCAGGGAAAGGAUUCGGAGACGGAGGGUCCUACGCCGGAUCUCCGUGGCAGCACCGAGGACAAGAUCUACGAGGUCAUACCACUGUCCACGUGUUCGAUAAAUAUACCUCACUCGGCGGCCAGCAGCCGCUUCAGCAUUCCGGGCUCCCAACUUCGCGGACCCCGGAAUCGACGCCACGAUACGUGGACGGAGAGGCUGCUCCAUUUCUUUGGCUGGCGGCCAAAGAGCCGACCACCUCGUGUAAACUUCUCCUCAGACGAGGACGAGGACGACGAGGAGACGCAGUUCAGAAUCGACGACGACGGUCCAUCCACAUCCGCUCAAGCGGCGGCCAAGGCUGCGGCAGCCGCUGAGGCAGCGGCGGCGAAAGCAGCAGCAAAGGUGGCUGAAAAAGCCAAGGCGGAAGAACGGAGCAGUCCGCCGCCGAAGGGGCGACGGCGGAUGUCCUCCUAUCGACGGGAGGAGAUCGAAGCCCGGAAAACCGGAAAGCGGGUACCGCAGUUCAACUCCGUCUCAAAGAUAGACCGCAUCUCGAGGAUCGUCUUCCCACUGCUGUUCCUGCUUAUCAACGUGAUCUACUGGUAUUGCUACCUGUCGCGGAGCUCGCGAAUUCUGGCCAAUACGCCGGACGCGAGCACCUGAUGUUACCUUUUAGCAAUUUAGACAGAGUCCUCGAAGAAACCAGUAAGCGAUCGCCGGCAGCGAACAGACAACUAAGAGCUAGAGAUGGCCAACGAAUAACAUCAAGGAAACAAAAAUCAACAAGGAAAGGUGCAGGAUUUUGGAGGAUUUGCAGAGAAGGGAUUUAUCUUUUCCGAUUCAGAUUCCGAUUCAGUUAUGCUCUUUUUACUGAUUUGCUACCAAACACGAUAACGCUUUAUGGGAUUUCUUUGCGCGCUAAAUUGCUAAAGUAUAUCAAAAACAGAUCUCAAAUCUAACAUAUCAGAGGACUUGCUAUAUCGGGCACUCCUGGAUAUAUAUCUUGUUCAUAAAUCCAAGCCAGGAACUAUUGAAAAAAUGUAGAAAAGUUCAUUAAAUUUUUGAAAAUUUAAAUAAUUAGUAAUCUAAUACUAGAUAUAUAUCUGGGAGUGUCCUUUCUAAUUUGUACAGUUAGCCAAUAAGUUAAUGGGUUGCUUUUUUAUGUGUAAUUUAAAAUGUUAAUGUUAAUUUAAAGAGCACAAAAACAAUUGCAAUUAGUUGAUGAGUAUAUUUAGUUUGCUGCAAAAAUGAACUUUUCACGUGGGAUCACCAAUAAGUAGGAGAUUUUUUAGGAAAAUGCCGUCUCUGGUUUUGACGAAAUAUUUUAAUAAGACAAC